AUGAGCAGCAAGGAGCUGACGGUGGGCCAGUCCAGCCAGUAUGUGGGGCCUUACAGGCUGGAAAAGACCCUCGGGAAGGGACAGACAGGACUGGUGAAGUUGGGUGUCCACUGUAUAACAGGGCAGAAGGUGGCCAUAAAGAUUGUCAACAGAGAGAAACUCUCUGAAUCAGUUCUAAUGAAGGUGGAGAGAGAAAUAGCUAUUCUUAAACUAAUAGAGCACCCUCACGUACUGAAGCUGCAUGAUGUCUAUGAGAAUAACAAAUAUCUGUACCUGGUGUUGGAGCAUGUGUCCGGUGGAGAGUUAUUCGACUACCUGGUGAAGAAGGGCAGGCUGACCCCCAAAGAGGCCAGGAAGUUCUUCAGACAAAUCAUCUCUGCCCUGGACUUCUGCCACAGUCACUCUAUAUGUCACAGAGACCUGAAGCCAGAGAAUCUUCUCCUGGAUGAGAAGAAUAACAUCAGGAUAGCAGACUUUGGCAUGGCCUCGCUACAAGUCGGGGACAGCCUGCUGGAAACCAGUUGUGGAUCACCCCAUUAUGCUUGCCCAGAGGUCAUAAGGGGGGAGAAGUACGAUGGUCGCAGGGCAGAUGUUUGGAGUUGUGGAGUCAUCCUCUUUGCUCUUCUUGUGGGUGCCUUGCCCUUUGACCACGACAACCUGCGACAGCUUCUAGAGAAAGUGAAGAGCGGAGUUUUCCACAUGCCCCACUUUAUACCUCCUGACUGCCAGGCUUUGCUUAAGGGAAUGAUAGAAGUCAACCCUGACAAGAGACUCACGCUAGAAGCAAUACAGAAACACCCCUGGUACCAGGGUGGUCGUAACGAGCCUUGUCCCGAGCAGCCACCUCCUCGCCGUGUGUGCGUGAAGAGGAUCGUGUCUCUAACAGAGCUGGACCCUGAUGUGUUGGAAAGCAUGUACUCUUUAGGGUGCUUCAGAGACCGGGUCAAACUCACACAGGACCUUACAAGUGAGGAGGAGAACCAGGAGAAGAUGAUCUACUACCUCCUGUUGGACAGGAAGGAGCGAUACCCCAGCUGUGAGGACGAGGAUCUGCCGCCCAGAAAUGACAUUGACCCACCCAGGAAGCGUGUGGACUCCCCUAUGUUGACACGUCAUGGCCGCUGUCGUCCAGAGAGGAAGAGCCUGGAAGUCCUCAGUGUCACAGAUCAGGGGUCUCCCACCCCACCUCGCAGAGCUCUGGACACUAAUGCACACAGUCAGAGAUCUCGUUCAGUCAGCGGAGCAUCCACAGGUCUGUCCUCCAGUCCUCUCAGCAGUCCCAGGGUAAGAACAUCCCCGGUCUUCACUUUCAGCCAAUCAGAAGUCACCUCCACCUCUGCUUCCUCCUCCAAAGACCCCAAACCAGGAAGUGCCACCACCUCUCGGCCUACCCGCCCAGCGCCUGACCCAAAAACCCAGACCCUACCCUCAAAGGGCCCUGCUGAGCGGCCCCAGCUUCACUCCAUGAAGUCCCUCCCUCUUCAGACUCCAAGUUCCCCUUCCCCGUCUCCGUCCCCGCUCCUAUCCCCCAUCCCACGCUUCUUCAACUUCCCCUCUCCAUCUGUCUUCAAGUCCAAGAACACCCAUGCGUCCUCUAACUCCUCUGCCACCCCUCCUCCUGUUUCGCAGGUCACGCCACAGGGCUCACCUCUGCCCACUCCACUGGGCACGCCUGUGCACCAAAUCCAGCACCCUUCCUCCACCACCCCUCCCUCUUCUUCCUCGUCAUCUUCUUCUUCCAGAGCGGACGGAGCUGGAGGGGCCUCUCUGUCGCUGACCCCGCCCUCAAGCCCGGGCGGCAGUGGCGGGAUGGCCGCCUCAAGCUCCGCCCACUGGAGAACAAGGCUCAACUCAUUCAAAAACAACCUGCUGGGCUCACCGCGCUUCCAUCGGCGCAAACUGCAAGAUUCACUGCCCUUUUCCUAUUUCAUCCCUCUCAUCUCUUUUUCUUUUUCUUUAGUCCCUACAUCAGAGGACAUGUCCAGUUUGACUCCAGAGUCCAGUCCAGAACUGGCCAAGAGGUCCUGGUUCGGUAACUUCAUCAGCCUGGAAAAAGAGGAGCAGAUCUUUGUUUUGAUUAGAGACAAGCCGCUCAGCUCUAUCAAGGCUGACAUCGUCCAUGCCUUUCUCUCUAUCCCCUCCCUCAGCCACAGUGUGGUGUCUCAGAACAGUUUCCGGGCAGAGUACAAGUCCACCGGCGGCCCCUCUGUCUUCCAGAAGCCUGUCAAGUUCCAAGUGGACAUCGCUUUCUCUGAGGGUGAGAGGGAGAGACAGAGGGAACGAGCCGAGAGGGAAGGAAAGAGAGAGAUGGGCAUCUACAGCGUCACCUUCACUCUAAUAACAGGUCCCAGUCGCAGAUUCAAAAGAGUGGUGGAAACCAUUCAGGCUCAGCUCCUGAGCACUCAUGAUCAGCCUUCUGUGCAGGCACUGGCUGAUGAGAAGAACGGUCAGCUUUCCCGCCAGCCCAGCACACCUUCACAUCAGAAUUCUCGACGUUCCGAAAGCGGAUCAGAUCGGGAUCGUGGAGAGAGGGAGCGUGCAGCGGAUGGGGGGAGCGGAAGUGGAAGUAGUAGUAGCACCGUCUUACAAAGGCGAGGGUCAGGGAAAGACAAGACCAGACUCCUCUCAUCGUCCAAUGGGACGCAGUCUCAACCCUGAAAAGAAUGUGGUGGAAGAGAGGCCUUUCUCUCUUCCUUCCCUCUGUCCUUCCCACAUUGUUUCCUUAUUUGUUUCCUUAAUUCCUGCCUUGCUUCCUACCAUUACUCCCUAGCAAUGGGAUGGAGGAGGGGGAAGCUUUUCGUUGAGGCUGAUCUAAGGAUAUGACGGAGAAUUCCCCACAAAUAGCUAAUUUUAGCUGAAAUUAAUAUUUGUGGGGGUGGUGGAGACAGGAUGAGCUGAUCUCUAGUCAGCUUUCAAGGGCAGCUUCACCCCAGACGGACAAGUCUAAAGACAGGAUGUCCAAAAAGUCCCACCUUAUCAGAGAAAUACAGGAAAAGCUCACCAGGGAAACACAUAGUUCACCCACUCCGACAAAUCAAGAAAGCACAUUACCCACCCACCGACCAAUCACAUGCAACACGUGGUUCAAAUCCAACAGGAAACCUCACAUCAGUCAGUCAGAAUGGUACAAGAAGAUACUGGCCAAUCACAAAGCACUGCAAGGCAUUGUCAUUUAUCAUUUACUGACCAGCAAACUGUCGCCUGGAUCAUCAAGUCUCCUCCACAUCACCUGACCCCAACAUGAUGAGUCACAUGACGAGAAGCCCACUCUCCUCUCUUCUCCUCACUUUUUAAUUGAAGACAAAUGUCUAUUCUCAAGCAAAGCAACAAAGCGAUGAUGUCGUUUGAGAAAAGAACGAGAAUUACGGGAGAAUUACAGAACGAGUCCCGAUUUAGACUUGAUUGUUAAAGUGGAUUUUAUCUACAGAUAAUUAGCAACCUCGGUGCUGAACUUUAACAACCAAGGAGUCUGAGAGCAGAGGAAAACCCACAAAGAAAUGACGGAGAAUGGAUCUGAUGCGGUUCACGUAACGUAGCCCUACAGCUAGGUGAAUAUCAAAAUUCAACGGGCACAACUUUUCCUUGAGUGUAUGAGAAACAUUAAGUCCCACAGUUAUUUCUGAAUUACACUGAUAAAGCUAUGAUACCGUAUUGCCUUUAACGGAGGAGAAUAAGUGGAAAGCUGGAUAGAUUGAGCCCCGUUUUCGGGACACUAGACACACCACAGGUAGAAUCUAGUAAAUAAUAAGUAAAUACUUCCACUGGAGAAGAGGGAGAUAAAUAGAUAGAGAAAAAACAGAGGAUAGUUUGAGCUAACCCAGAGAUCACGAUGAAUCCUUUUGUUUUGUUAAAGGAUUGGUCAGGAUUUUUUCUGUCUCAGUCUGUCUUAAUACAACAUCGAUACUGUCGUUUGUACAAUGAAAGAGUUACUGUUCGCUGUAAUUUCCCUGCUGUACAUUCUGGCUGUGAAGUGAUACCUUCAAAAAGCAACUACGCUGUGAAAGAUAAGGUCCACAAACUACAUUACAGUUUUCAGCUGAAGCUAAUAUGAGGCUUCAGCUGAAAACUAUAAUGUAGUUUGUGGACCUUAUCUUUGUCUGCGUUAACUAGUAUUGACUAAACUUUACCCCUGCACAACAGGCGUUCAAUCAUAGCUUAGAAACCAAAACUAGAGGCAGAAUUCCUGUUUAACUUUGAAUUUCUCUUGCAAUUACAUUCUAAAAUGUAGACUCUGACAUCUAAAGCCUCAUAUUAACUUCAACUAAACAUUUGAAUGUAUUGUUGGACAGUUUUGUAUCUCUUACAAUAUAGUCAUGUCAGGAAGGGAUCAUUUCAGGGCCAGUAUGGAGAAGAUGAAUGAUUACAAUAACCAGUAGCUCUUUCAGUGUACAUACGGGCAUGCCGAUACUGCAUUAAGAACGACAUGAAACAGUUCCAAACCUAACCUUUGACUGAAAUUUAAAUUACAGUACUUUAAAGUGGAAAUGUGGAAUUAAAAUACAGAGGCUGGUCAAACAGGACAACCAAGUAUUUGUCCUUUUUAGACCCACAAUUAGGCAACCAAACCCUUCUAUGUUCCUUGUUCUUUGACAAUAGAUACAGAACGACACGGGGCUCAACAGAGGCCCAACAAAAGGCUCAGCCCUUUCUGCCUGUGAAAGGACAGAUGGAGGGAGGACAGAGAGAGGCAGGUGGAGAUGAACAAAUAAUGUACUUUUUCACAAAAAGGAAAAUGAGAAAAUGGGGAGGAAAUACAAGGGACUUUUGUUGUAAGAACUCAAACACGUGUCUGGGAGAGGGGAAAGGAGAACUCAAGCC